GCCUACCGCUGUGGACUAGUUACUUCAAACUCCCUUUUUCGUCGACAAGAAAUCGCCAAACGCCCAUCCACCAAAUCUUUUUUCCAGGUAGCAGCACCCCUGUUGGGAAAAAAACGCAGACACGAAAAAUGUCGCACGAGUCUGUUUGGUACAGUCGCCCACGCACAUACGGCAAGGGCAGCCGUCAAUGCCGUGUCUGCGCUCACAAGGCUGGUCUUAUCCGCAAGUACGGAUUGUUGGUUUGCCGUCAGUGCUUCCGUGAGAAGUCCUCAGACAUUGGUUUCGUCAAGUACCGAUAAACGCCCUACACACCUUCUUUCCUCAACAAACAAAAACAAAAAAUAAAACAGACAAAUAUGGUCUCGGAGAGAACACACAAGGACUUGCGUCGGAUCUGAAAGAAAAUAAACGCCACUCCCAUACGGUUUCUCGUGUGUCUUGAGUAUGGGGCUCUGGAAUGAUUGAUUGAUGGAAAAAGGAAUGGGUUUGAUGAUGGAAGACAAGACUUUUCUUUUGCCUGUUCACUGCUUAUUGUGAAUCGAGUAUGGCAUGUUUUACUUUUUUUUUCGACUAGGAUAUUCUCAAUUUGAAUAUGGGUGUUGAAUGUUGAUG